CGUGUUGAUAAGACUUAUCAUUAAUUUUGAGCCGAAUUCGCGAAGUGAGAUUUUUUUCAUUCAAAACUUGAUUUAUUCAAUUUAUUUCGGUGUUUGUUUAAAUUUGUAUUGCUUCAAAUAUCAAAUUUGAACGAAAGAAUAAAAAUUGCGGAACGUGUGUGGUGAAAAAGUAAAAAAAUCGCGUGUGUAAGCCAACUAGUAAACUAGUGCAGUGAAAAUGAAUAUGAAUUCUCGCCGGUAUGAAUUUGACCUUUGAAAGGUUAGUGAAUUUGAAUCCGGUCAACAUUACCAUCGAAAUCUUACCAAGUACAAAUGAAACGUUCUCCCAAUAUUGAUGAUUGAUAUUCAGAUUUGCUGAUUCAUCAGAGUUCUCUGAAUACAAUUAUCUUAUUAGCCUCAAAUGAUAAAUUUUCGAUCAAUUCUUUUGGAUCUAUUCUCUCAUCAGUUGAUAUUAUGGCACGACGAUCAAUCUUCUUUGAUCAGUACGACGUUUGUUAAACCUAUCUAACUCUAACGACUUCAACAUUGAUUGUAUUUGGUUGCCAGAAGCUGUUACAUCGUUCAGGAAUUGAAAAUGGGCUCCAUCUUGCAAAGUCACGCUCAAUUUUCAAAGAAGCUAUGCUGUAUGCCUAAAAGUAGCACGAUGAUGUUACUAAAUUUACUAUGUUGUACUGACCCUACAAAGACCUCUCGUUACAUUCAUCAAAGCUGUGCCAUGACCACAUUUGCCAGUCUUCGUCUACCAGAUCAAACCAAUUUUCCUAAUCAACUAUUCCGCAUCCCUCGUAGCACUACAGCAAAAACAUUUCCCAACUCGCUAGGCCGCAUCAACUUUACCAUAAAAUCACGUCACAUGUACACAAACCAAGAAACCGAUAUGUUUUCCGUGAAAGAAGAUCAUAGCACAUUUUCUCGUCAGCUUUCUCUAAUCAAACGAGAUUCAACAUCCCAGAUAGGAGAUCUAGUCGCAGAAUGGCUGAGACGUUUCGAUUCCCUGCCGGUAAUCAACUCCGAUGCGGUAUCCGGUUCGCUCAAUACGUUAUCCAAGUUGAACAUUUUCGAUAAAACGUGGAGUCGAGCCGAGCAAGAAAACUUGAGAAAAUUAAUCGUCAAACUUUCGGAAAAAGGAGUCAAAUUACUCGAUCCGCAAACCGUAGCUAGUAAUAAAAUGUCCUCUUGGCAGAUUUCCAAUUGUUUAGCCGCUCUCUCCGCGUGGAAUGUGUUGAGAAAAAAUAUUUGGGGUAACGAAGCGAGUCGAACGAUCAGCGAAUUCAUCGUUCGAUUGAUAAAUCAAGGAAACUGGAUAUUGUACUCGGUAACUGAAACGAACGAUCGGUUUGAUUCUCAAGCCGUUGCUACUAGCUUGACCGCUAUGUCUAGGUGGAGAAUGGAUGAAUUUCCAGGAGCUAAGAAGUUCAUCCUGCAGUUAAUUUCGCGAGGAAGCGUUAUGGCUAACGAAAACGUAGAUAAUGAUCGAUUCUCUACUGUCAGCGUUGUUAAAACAUUGCUCACGCUGUCCAAGUGGAACACAGAUGAACUACAAGGAGCUAAAGCGUUUAUUACUCAGUUGAUUAUACAAGCAACUGCAAUGACAUCUGAUUUCAAUUCCAUAGAAACUGCCAAUUGCUUGAAUGCUUUGUCUAAAUGGAACAUGAACGAAAUACCGCAAACCAGAGGGCUUAUCAAUAAACUAAUCCAAAGAGGUGAUACGAUCAUUAAUAAUUUCAGAUGUCAGGAGAUCGCUGUUAGUUUAAACGCGUUGUCCAAAUGGAAUAUUAACGAGUUAGAAGAAGCUAAACCCUUCAUCGUCAAGUUAGUGAAACGUGGAACUACGAUGGCGAGUGGAUUUAAACCUCAAGAGAUCGCUAUUUCCUUAAACGCCGCGUCUAAAUGGAAUAUCGACGAGAUCGAAGGUAUCCGAGAGUUCAUCGUUAACUUGGUGCAAUACGGAAAGCUCACAGCUGGUAAUUUCAAUUCUCAAGGCAUUUCCAACAGCUUGAACGCUCUAUCGAAAUGGGAAGUCGAUGAAUUUCGAGGAGCGAGAGAAUUCAUCAUCGAAUUAGUGAAAGUCGGAAAAUCAACCAGUUCCACUUUCAAUCCUCAAGGUAUUUCUAGUUGUAUGAACGCGUUAUCCAAAUGGAAUAUCGACGAAUUUCAAGGAUCCAAAGAGUUCAUCGUUCAAUUGAUCAAAUUAGGAGUCAAGUCGAUCGAAGGAUUCGGUCCGCAGGCUAUUUCAAACAGCUUGAACGCUUUAUCUAAAUGGAAUACGGUAGAGUUAGAAGGAGUUGAGCAGUUUAUGGUUGCGCUAGUCAAACGUGGAAAUUCAGUGAUUGGAGGAUUCACAUCGCAACAAAUCACUAACACCUUGAACGCUUUAUCCAAAUGGGAUAUUUAUCAGUUGAAAGGAGCUCAAGAAUUCAUCGUUCGGUUAAUCGAACGAGGAAUAAGUUCGGUAAACAGAUUUGAUCAUCAUUCUAUCGCUAACAGUUUGAACGUUCUGUCCAAGUGGCAUAUCGACGACUUCCAAGGCACCAGGCAAUUCAUCGUUCAACUCGUAAAACGAGGCAGUGCGACCGUACAUCAAUUCCGUGCUCAGUCGAUUGCCAACAGCUUGAACGCUUUAUCCAAGUGGGAUAUCAACGAAUUACAAGGUGCUCGUAAAUUCAUCGUUGACUUGACGAAACAAGGAUGCGCAACGUACGCGGAAUUUGAUUCUCAGGAGGUUGCUAAUAGUUUGAACGCGUUAUCUAAAUGGAAAACGGAUGAAUUUCAAGGAGCUAAGGUGUUCGUCGAAUAUUUACUAGAACGAGGUAGUUCGAUAAUUGACGAAUUCCAUUCUCAAGCGAUUGCCAAUUGUUUCAACGCUCUUUCCAAAUGGAACGUUGAAGAUUUACAAGGAAGCAAAGAGUUUAUCGUCAAGAUGGUAGAAGAAGGGAUUUCAUCGGCUGAUACGUUUCAUUAUAAAGGUAUCGCGAGUACUUUGAACGCGUUGCAUAAAUUUGGUAUUUUCGACGAAGAGAAAUGGAACGAAAAUCAAAUGAAUAAUUUCAAACGUCUUGUUAUCAAAUUGGUCAAGAAGGGUGACGACAUAUACGAAGAUUUCGAUCCGUGGGGCGUUUCUGAAAUUUUCAAAGCUUUUUCAAAGUUUAAUAUCUUAAAUGAUGAAAUAUGGACGAAGGACGAGCAGGAGCUAUUGAAAAAUUUCGCUGCCAAGCUAGCUUGUCUGGAUGGAUCAUAUAGAACGUAUAGAGAUCGCGAAAUGUUCAGUAAAUUAUGGCGAUCCUUGUGCAAAGAUGGUAUCUCCGACCGUGCUGUAGAUGAAUCUAAACUAUCGAAUGAAAAUCGUGAACCAGUAAAAACGUAGUUUUGGGUGAACUUUUCUGGCAGUGUCAGUGUUUAGUUUAGAACAGUAAAAUUUCGAUAUAUUUUCUUGACGUAAAGCUUUAUAGUUUUGUUUUGGAAAGCAAUUUGUAAAAUUGUUUCCUAUAUGUUUCUUGCGAGGUUACAUUACCUUAUUUGAUUGUAAUCGUUGAGAUCAAGAUGUUGUUUUCAAACUAUAGCACUACUCGUUUCGUCUCAACGAGAAUCUCGAUCAAAAUACGAGAAAAAUGAUUGGUUAAGAAAAUUCUUGAUCAGUAUUGUGUACCUAUUUCGAUUUUAGGAACUGAAUGUGCCUGUAUUUCGUAAAUUUUUGUGAAAUGUGAUAUUUUUUACAAUAUUUUCGUGUAAAUAAUUGUUUUAAACAUUUUGUGAUAGAAAUUGUCAAUUUUCUUGAAUGAAGUUAUGCGAAGGUAUUUGAUUUGUGCGUGAAGAUAUUUAAUUUUGUUACAAUUGAUCGAUUAAAAUACGUAUAAAAAUACCCAGUUAUUAAAAUUAUAAAAGUUUCAAGCAAUCUGGUGUCUAAUCAAAAACAGCGGUACGAUUUAAUGAAGUUUUAAUUCGGUUAAUUGAAAACCAAUACCUAUCAUAUUUGUUUUUGUAAAAUCUUGAUUUUCCAAAACUUUUAUUUAUAGUUUCACUUUUUAUGUGUUCGAUUGAACUAAUUAUAAUUUUUAAAUGAAUUUUAUGUGCAUUGUUCGAUUAAUUAUUUGAACUUAAUUUCAUUGUUUUUGAAAUAUAAUUCAGUAUGCAUGACUAUGCAACUAACCAAACUAGUGUAAAAACUUGAAAUAUUCAUACUUUUGUAUCGACUAGGUAGAAAGUAUAAUUAAAAUGUUCACAAAAAUUACAUUAUGUACAAUUGCGUUGAAAAUAUUCUAAAAUUGUUCCCAGUAGGUACCUACCUUAAAAAUGAUUGAAAUGACUUUCAUUGAUUUUUAAAUAAAAUGAAAUGAACUCAUAAAAAUUUAACAUUGUUAUAACCGGUUAAAAAAUUAUAUUUCGUAUUUUUUUCACUCUUUAGAAUAGAUUUCCGCGAUAUUUUAAUAACUUUUUCAUACGAAAUUUCAAGGCUAAUGAGUAAUUAAUAUCGAAUAUCGUGGAGACACCUUCAUCCCAGAUGUAUUGUAAUAUUGUGUAGAGAGAAUAUUUUUUUUUGACGGGAAUGGAUUUUUGGGGCCCAGAAGUUAAUUAAUUUUUGGGCCCCAAAAAUUAAUUAAUUUCUGGGCCCCAAAAAUCCAUUCACGCCAAAAAAAAAUAUUCUCUCUACAUAAUUACAAUCAGAGGUUAAAACUGUUAAAAAAACCAAAAACCAAGAAAAAACCAAGUAUAGGUAAAUCUGUUUUGAGCAAAACUUAAAAACCAAAAAUAAAAAAUAUUUGAUCAAAACCAACUAACCAAAAACCAA